GAAACGAAAACUGGAAACGCUAGCCGCCACAAUGGCACCUGUAGACGUCGAGCGGGUGUACUCCGUCUUCAACGUAUUCGCUGUAAAUCCCACGACAAACAGCAGCAGCAGGGCCGCGAAGGAGCCGUACAUCCCCGUUCAUUUCUUAGCUGUCGCUGCGCGCGAGGUCGGCUUCUACCCCACGACUGCCGCUGUGCAUCAGUUUGUGAAGGCGGUGCCCACCGCCUCCGCCGGCGCCGUUACGUUUGCGGCCUUUCUGCAGUUCUGCGAGGACGUCGCCUACACCAACCGCCCAGGACGCUCCGCCAUCUACAGGCUGGUCGACGACCUCGACACCCCCGGCGGCGGCCUGAUCAGUCGCCGUGAGUUCUUUCUCCUCCUCACCAACGGUUCCGCGGACAUCUCCGAUGGGGAGAUUACCGCCGUGAUGGAGCUGCUGGACCCGGCACGUUGCGGGUACGUGGAACUGAAGAAUCUUGCCGCGCUCCUCCUCGAGCAGUGUCAACGUCAGCAACGGCUGUCGCAAGCAUCGCGCUCGCGCAGCCGAUCUGAAGGUCGAGCCAAGCCCGUCUCUUCUGCAGGAGAGCAGCAGCGGCAGUCCGAGGGUCGACGGCAUCAGCACCAUCACCAUUCGCACCGCAACCCACAUUUCGACUCUCCACCCGAGCCGGAGGCAGAGCAGCCGGGGACAACGAACGGACACCGCUCUUUGGGGGAUCGGGCUGAUGACGCCCCUCCGAAGCACCGCGUUCGGCGCUUUGCCGCCGCCGGGACACGACGUAGCGAAGAGAGAGAGGUAUCGGGUGCACCGGCACCGUCGUCUGCGGUGCACGUCGCUGCCGGUGCAGCUGGCGCGCGUGACCGCUCCUUUAAGCGCACUGACAGCGGCUCCAACGGCGAGGUGGCCUACCGCAAAUUCAAUAGUCUGUACCACCGCGCUGACACCUUCGAACGCACGCACACCUCCAUGACGGUGGACGUGGACUGCCCGCUGUCGGCGAAUGGCACGGCGAUGCGGCACAACACAAAUGGGGAUGCGGCGCACACGCCGUCUCCGUUGUCGCGUCGCGCACACGCCUCCUCGGGCACGCCGCAGUCCCCAUCACCCAAGGCUCCCGCCACCGCGCCGCCUCCGUUAGGUCCCGCCUCUGGUGCGGGGAGUCAUCAGAAGGUCCAGCAGACCGUGAAGGCACAAGCAAAGAGAGAGAAUCAGGAAAGGCGGUGGGAGGGAGAGGAUGUGCUUCAUUUGCAUCCCCAAGACGAGAGUGAGGACGAGGCGAACAGCUAUUCGCGAGCGGAAGGGACCACCGCGGUGCAGCUCGAGAAGAGCGAGCAACAGCCUUCUAAGUCGCCGGUGGAGACUUCACAGCUGGCGCCUGAAGUGACGACGUCGCCACCACCGCAGAACCCUGCGAAAGCGAAGAAGACAACAGCAAAGUGCUGCACCAUGUUCUGA